AUGGUAGAUAUGAGGUUUGUUGUUGCUUGCCUACUGCUUUUAGUGCAUUAUUCUUGCGGGACACUCACAGUUGGCAACACUACUGUCAAGUGCAGAGUCAAGGAACGGCUCUCCCUUCUUUCUCUCAAACGUGGCUUUGUUGAUCCCGAUGGCUGCCUCGCUUCCUGGGGAAGUUCAGAGAACCACACAGAUUGUUGCACAUGGCAUGGUGUUUCCUGUGACAGCCGAACGGGCCAUGUGGAUGCACUUGAUCUUUCUGGCUGCGAUUUGGAAGGUACAAUUUCUCCGUCAUUGGCUAAAUUGCAUCAUUUGACUAAUUUGGACCUUAGCUUCCAAAAUUUCUCUCCGGCUAAAUUCCCAGACUCCAUUCUUUCUUUAAAGAGAUUGCAAUAUCUCGAUCUCUCCUUCACAAAUUUGACAGGAAACAUUCCUCCCAAUUUGGGAUAUCUGUCUCGCUUGCAAACACUUCGCCUUAAGGAAAACCAGCUUGAAGGUGGCAUACCCAAAUCCUUGGCUUUAUGCCACUUAACAGAGUUGGAUCUAUCUCAAAACUCCUUGAGUGGGCAAUUAGAUGACUUUGUUGCAUCCUUCAACCACUGUGCCAACACAUCACUACUGAUCUUAGAUUUAUCUUAUAAUCGGUUUACGGGGUCGGUACCUAAUUUCUCACGGUUCUCACUUUUGGAAAUAUUAUCUCUCUCCAACAAUCAACUCAAUGGAACUGUAAAUGAUGGCAUUGGAUUAUUGUCAAAGCUAACUGAGUUAGAACUUGCUACUAAUUUCUUGCACGGUGUCAUAACUGAAACUCAUUUCUCGAGGCUCUCUCUUCUAGAAUCCUUGGACUUGUCUCUUAACAACUUGGAGUUUAAAGUCAGUCCUGAUUGGAUCCCCCCUUUUCAGUUAUGGAACAUUAAUUUAAGAUCAUGUAAGUUAGGCCCCGGCUUUCCAAAUUGGCUUCUAACUCAGAAGUGGGGUUGGUCAUUAGAUAUUUCAAAUGCUGAAAUUUCUGGUAUGAUGCCAAGUUGGUUUUGGAAUAUUUCAUUUCUAUACGUGAAACUUUCACACAACCAAAUGACUGGAGAAAUACAAAAUUUUCAACUCAAAAAUGGUUGCCCUGCUUUGACUCUGGAUUUGAGCUCAAAUUUGUUCAAAGGCUCAAUUCCAUCAAAAUUAUCAGAUGGUGCCUUGGCAUUGUUUCUAUCUGAUAAUAAAUUCACAGAUGCCAGUACUUUCUUAUGUCCGAACGAGACCCUGCAUUUAAAGAUCUUACAUCUCUCAAACAAUCAACUAUCAGGAAUGCUUCCUAAUUGUUGGAAAUAUUUUAAAUCAUUAGCCUUUCUUGAUGUUGCAAACAAUAGCCUAUACGGAGAAAUUCCAACAUCAAUGGGUUCAUUGAUAAAUAUACAAUCCUUACAUUUAGGAUUCAAUAAAUUUUCAGGUGAGAUACCUUUUUCUCUGCAUAGAUGCACGAAACUAGCGGUUUUUGAUGCUGUCGGAAAUGAUUUUUCGGGAUUAGUACCACACUGGAUUGGGGAUGGGCUUAGGGAGCUAAGCGUCCUCAUUUUGAGAUCCAACAUGUUUUUUGGGAGCUUGCCGCUCAAUAUUUGUAAUCUCCGUCAACUUCAGAUCCUUGACCUUUCAAUGAAUAAUAUUUCUGGAAGUUUGCCAAAAUGCCUCAACCAUCUUUCCGCUUUGAAGAAUCAAACAAAUUUUGAUGAAAUAUGGUAUGCUUUUGCCAAAAGAUCACUAGAUGAUAUCCCAGUACUCUCCUCAAAAGAGGACAUUGCAACACUGGUAUGGAAAGGUAAGAUGUCCAAAUACCAAAGUAUAUUGAGAUUAGUUAAAAGCAUUGACCUCUCUUGCAACAUGUUGAUGGGAGAAAUUCCAAGUGAACUGAUGGAUCUUGUUGAAUUGGUUGCCUUAAACAUUUCACGAAACAUGCUCAGUGGACAAAUCCCUGCCACCAUUGGACAACUGAAGUCACUGGACUUUCUCGAUUUGUCAAGGAACCACUUAUCUGGACACAUUCCUUCAGAACUUUCACAAGUGGAUCGUCUUGGUGUGAUGGAUUUAUCACACAACAAUUUGUCGGGCGAAAUUCCUCAUGGCACUCAACUUCAGAGCUUUGAUCCCUCUGCUUAUGAGGGAAAUGCUCAUCUAUGUGGUGCUCCGCUUCCAAAAUGUCCCACAAGCCCAACACAAGACCAUCCAAAUGAUGAGGAUUCUGAAGAAGAUGAACAAAUUUUCUGUCGAGGUUUCUUUAUCAGCUCGUCCAUCGGAUUUGGAACAGGAUUUUGGGGAAUUUGCAGCCUAAUAUUUCUGAACAAAUCCUUCAGAUAUGCCUAUUUCAGGUUAAUGAGUGGCAUACAGGACAAAGUGUACGUGAUCGUUGCUGUAAAUGUGGCCAAACUGCGCAGAUGGAGAAGAGGUUCAAUUUGAAGGUACGUAAUUAGUAUUUGUUUUCCAUUUCUCGUGUUCAUAUAUCGUUUUGUAUUUUUUCUGCAAGGGAACUAAUAAUUUUGUUAUAAUAUAUUUUAAAUACAGUCUUUGGGAGGGACUUGGGUGU